AUGGGAGAAACCAUUGCAUCUGCUGUGUACUUCAGAAGUGACCUAAUAGAACAGCGUUCGCACCUGUACAAUGCUUACGUGAAGAUACAAAAACUCGACGAGCAGUGGUCAAAUGCACGCUCAUCCGACACCGCCGAAGAGGAGAUAUACAAUGAUUAUGUGAAGAAAUAUGGAGACUACAGCACCGCCGUUCAAGACGCAGUUGAUUUGCUCGAAGAAAUUGAUGACAUACUCAAUUCCUACGACAAGGAACUCAUUCGACGGCAACUCCCUCUACCUGCAGAAAAUGACGAAAGAGUACCACACACUGCACAAAUCCAAACCAGAGCAGCAUACUACCAGAACGCCACAGAAUCCACAAUGAACUUCGUCGAUGCUUCAAUCUUGAGCAGGCUUGACCUUCCAGUUUUCGAUGGUAACUUACUCGACUACCCCGAGUUCAUGGCACGGUUCUCGACCUUGAUUGGUAACAAAAAAGAUCUCGACGAUGCUACAAAGUUCUCACUAUUAAAGUCUUGCCUAAAAGGACGGGCCCUCCAGUCGAUUCACGGCUUAGCACUUACGGCACACAAUUACAGCAUUGCACUAGACAUUCUCAAGUCGCGAUACGAUGACAAGGUAACCACAUGUCAUAUUCUUUUCACGCAACUGGCGAGCCUCCCAGCCUGCGAUGAACAAGGUAAACACCUGCAAUCGCUGUACAAUAAAAUGUACUCGCUUACGCGCCAGUUCUGCUCGUUCGAAGAUGAUACGAAGGAGAUAGCACUCGGAGCAAUACUUCUGAACAAAUUGCCGCGAUUCGUGCGCAGCAUGAUCUACGACAGAGCAGGGAAGACACGUAAUCUCACACCAAGUGAACUACUUCAGAUAUCAACGGAUAUCGUACAUAAAGAAGCAACGCUCCAAGAAAUCGAAUACUACAACAGGAGGACGGAUCGAUGUGAAGACAUUUACUUCGCAUCACACGCUCAACGCAAAAGAUCGACUCCGUAUACGCAGAAGAGGUUUCCCUCCUCAAAGACCACCUCAAAUGAAAACAUCAAGCCGCCUUCGCUAAGGAUCAAGGCAUGUUCCUUCUGCGACUCCAAGGAGCAUAACGCCAUUAGAUGCACUACAUGGCCGACUGCGCAGCAAAGAAUACAAGUGAUAAAGGAGAGAAAGCUCUGCUUCAACUGCCUUUCGCCAAAGCAUCGCACCAAAGAAUGUCCGUCUACAAGAACUUGCCAACAAUGCGCCAAACGCCACCAUACUUCUAUCUGCCUGCAAAAUCGGCCGCCAUCCCAGCAGACAUAUCAACAACGCCGUCCACCUGAAGACAGAGAAAGCAACAGAAGAUCAAGAGAAAUGUCGCAAAUGCAUUUCGCCGAGGGAAGUCCCAACGUCAACCAAAGCAAUCCACAGGUAAUUACUGAACAAAACGAUAUUGUAGCCGUUGUUCAGCAUACGCCACUCAACAAACAGCCGAUACUACUCAUGUGCGCUAAUGUUGAUGUUUCCAAUCCCGAGACACCAAACGAGCGAAUCGCUGCCAUGGCAUUCUUUGACAGCGGAUCCAGCAGAAGCUAUAUCACUAAGGAACUCGCUAAGGAACUGCACCUAUCGCAAGGCCAGAUGGAAGAGGUAUCAAUAUACACGUUUGCCUCUGGUAGUCCUCUCUCGCUUCUCACGACGCUUCACAGUAUUGGGAUUUAUACGAGUAAGGGAGGCCAAAUUUUGUGUGUCAAGGCCAUCGAAACUCUAACAAAGGAAUUGAAGAUUGUACAGCAAAAUUUUGAAGAUUCCGCGACUCUUGUCUCCACGAAAAAGAAGCCCUCACUUCUGAUUGGCGCCGACUACUUUUGGGAUGUCCUCUUCUUUGAUGAUUUUUACAUCCAAUCGAUCAGCAGUGGAUAUCACCUUGUGCACUCUGCUGUGGGCGACAUUAUCACGGGAAAAACAUUGUGGCAAAGCAAGAACAUGGAGCAUUGCUUUAAUAUAGACGAAUCUCAAGAAGAAAAUCUUGAUAAGCUGGUAACGCAACUUUGGCUGCAUGAUGAUGUGCAUGAUUCCUAUAGUGAGGAUGAUAGUAAAUGCCUGAGAAAUUUUAACGAAACGAUCUAUUUUGACGAAAUCGAAGGUCGCUACGUCGUACAACUACCAUUCAAAGGAGAUAAAAGAGACCUUCCUAAUAACAUUCAGCUUGCUUACGCCAGACUACUCCAUAAUAUGAAGCACUUGCAGCACUGUCCCGAAACACUGAACAGGUAUCAUGCCUUGAUACAAGAACAACUCCGGAAAGGAAUUAUUGAAGCAGUGCACGAGCCAAAACUACCCAAACUAUGUCACUAUCUCCCCCACCAUGCUGUGAUUUCAGAAGAAAAACGAAGCACUAAGCUACGAUGCGUUUAUGACGGUUCCGCAAAAUCGAAAGGAAAACCAAGCUUGAAUGAACUGCUCUACAGGGGUCCAGUGUUUCUUCCCGACAUUACAGGAAUUCUACUCCGAAUACGACUACCAAAGAUUCUCAUCUCCAGCGACAUUGAGAAAGCAUUUCUCAUGGUAGGAUUGAAUGAAGAAAGUAGGAAUUUUACGCGCUUCCUCUGGGUGAAAGACCCAAAAGGACCAAUAACACCGGAAAAUAUCGUCACUUAUAGAUUUCGACGUGUUCCUUUCGGACUAAUUGCUUCUCCUUUCCUGCUUGCAGGAACAAUUCAAUACCACCUUCGAAUGGCCGAUACCCCUUGUCACAAAAAAUUUUGA